AUGCCUUACAACAUUGCCAUGGUCAGCGACUUCUUCUUCCCCCAACCGGGGGGAGUGGAAAGUCAUAUAUAUCAGCUGUCUACCAAGCUGAUUGAUCGAGGACACAAGGUUGUCGUGAUCACACAUGCAUACGAAGGCCGCACAGGUGUCCAUUACCUCACAAACGGACUGAAAGUCUACCAUGUGCCCUUUCUAGUUAUCUACCGAGAGACAACCAUGCCGACGGUUUUCUCCUUCUUUCCCAUUUUCCGCAACAUCGUCAUCAGGGAAGAAAUCCAGAUUGUCCAUGGUCACGCAAGCCUGAGCAGUUUCUGCCACGAGGCUAUUCUUCAUGCUCGAACCAUGGGUCUACGCACUGUCUUCACCGACCACUCACUUUUCGGAUUCGCAGACGCGGCUUCCAUUUUGACGAACAAGCUACUCAAAUUCGCCCUGAGUGAUGUCGACCAUGUUAUCUGUGUGAGCCAUACUUGCAAAGAAAAUACCGUUCUUCGAGCGUCUCUUGACCCAUUGAUGGUUUCAGUGAUACCUAAUGCAGUGGUUGCCGAGAACUUCCAACCCAGAUCAUACGUACUCAAGUCCAACAACGACACGGGAUAUAUGAGGCCCAGACCGCUUCCGCAGCGUCUUGGCCCUGGAGACACGAUUGUGAUUGUGGUCAUUUCCCGGCUGUUCUACAACAAGGGGACUGACCUUUUGAUUGCAGCCAUCCCCCGAAUCCUUGCGGCACAUCCCAAUGUCCGCUUCAUCAUCGCUGGCUCAGGGCCCAAAGCCAUUGAUCUGGAACAGAUGCUCGAACGGCGAAUGCUUCAAGACAAAGUAGAGCUCCUCGGCCCCGUUCGUCACGAGGAAGUCCGUGAUGUGAUGGUCAAGGGGCAUAUCUACCUCCAUCCAAGCUUGACCGAAGCUUUCGGCACCGUCAUCGUGGAAGCCGCGAGUUGUGGGCUGUAUGUGGUCUGCACUAGAGUCGGAGGUAUACCUGAAGUGCUUCCAGCGCACAUGACAACCUUUGCCAAGCCUGAAGAGGACGAUUUGGUCGUGGCGACGGGUAAAGCCAUUGCUGCUUUGCGGUCGGGAAAGGUCAAGACCGAACGGUUUCAUGAUCAGGUGAAGAUGAUGUAUUCUUGGACCGAUGUUGCGCAGAGGACUGAACGGGUGUAUGACGGCAUCACAGGCGCCAUUACCGAACAAGAGUUUUAUGGUCAACAUGCUAAUGCUCCCUGGAGUGCUUCUCGUGUUCGAGGGUACGCACUGAUUGACCGAUUGAAACGGUAUUACGGAUGCGGUAUAUGGGCCGGGAAGCUAUUCUGCCUCUGCGUCAUCAUCGACUAUCUCAUAUUUUUGUUCCUGGAGAUCUGGGCCCCGAGAUCGCGCAUUGACAUUGCACGGUCCUGGCCGCGAAAACCCUUCAUUAAUGAUAAGAACAAGCCUGUGGAGAACGGCACAUAUCGUCGACGAGGCACAGAUGUUAUGGACCGACGGAAUGGAAGUCUUGUCAUGAGAUGA